AUGGAGAAACAGGCGGUGGAUAUAGCCAGGAAAGCCUUUAACACGGGUAGGUCCAGAGUCCUGCAGUACAGACUUGAGCAGCUCCGAGCUUUACUGCGGCUCAUCACAGAGAGACAGGAGGACAUCAGUGCUGCUCUCACGCAUGACCUGCACAGGAGCGAGUUCAACACACCGCUUUUGGAGCUCAUCGGGCUUGAGAAUGAAAUUAAGCUGGCUGUCCGUGAACUGAGUGACUGGACAAGACCUCAACCUGUUCGAAAAAACCUCCUCACCCUGACAGAUGAUGUUUUUAUAAAAGCUGAACCUUUGGGUGUGGUGCUGAUCAUUGGAGCCUGGAACUACCCAUGGGGUCUUACCUUGGGGCCACUCAUUGGAGCAAUUGCAGCAGGCAAUGCUGCUGUGGUGAAGCCUUCAGAAGUGAGUAAGAAUUCGGCCAGCCUACUGAAAGAACUGCUACCUCAGUAUUUGGAUCAGGAGAUGUACCAUGUGGUGACUGGAGGAGUUCCUGAAACCCAGGAGUUGCUGAAGCAGCGUUUCGAUCACAUCUUCUACACAGGAAACAGCACAGUGGGGAAACUGGUGAUGGAAGCAGCUGCACGCCACCUCACACCAGUCACUCUGGAGCUGGGGGGGAAAAGUCCCUGUUAUAUUGAUCAGAACUGUGACCUUGCAGUCGCUUGCCGUCGGAUCACCUGGGGGAAGUUUUCUAACUGUGGUCAGACAUGCAUCGCACCAGACUACAUCCUCUGUAAUGCCAGCAUCCAGAACAGACUGAUUGAAGAGAUUCGCCAGACAUUACAGGAGUUCUACGGCGAGAACCCUAAGAGCUCUCCAGAUUAUGGCCGCAUCAUCAACCAGAAUCACUUUGAGCGUGUGUUGGCCCUGAUGGAGGGAUGCAGUGUGGCUGUUGGAGGAGAGAGUGAUGAAUCACAGUGUUAUAUUGCUCCUACCAUUUUGAAGGAUGUUUUGCCUCAUGCCAGGAUAAUGCAAGAAGAGAUCUUUGGACCUGUGCUGCCAAUCGUCACUGUCAGUGAUGUCAAUGAGGCCAUUCGCUUCAUUAACGAUAGAGAAAAACCUUUGGCUCUUUACAUCUUUUCUUCUGAUAAGAAGGUGAUCAAGAGAAUGCUGAGUGAGACGAGUAGUGGAGGAGUGGUGGUUAAUGAUGUAAUGAUCCACUACACAGUCACCUCCUUACCCUUCGGCGGAGUAGGAAACAGUGGAAUGGGCAGAUACCAUGGCAAACACACAUUUGACCAGCUUAGUCACAAGCGUGCUUGCCUCAUCAAGUCUUUGGGGAAGGAGAGUCUGAACAAAGCGCGCUAUCCUCCACAAACAGCAUCCCGUCUGCGCAGAGCCCGGUUCUUCAUGCUGAGCCGCUUAUGCAGCUGUACCCAUCUCACCUUUGCCUGGGCCGUCAUCUCCACCAUGCUGGCCUUGGGUCUGUUCAUCGCUUUACUGGUCGUCUUGCUCAAGGGCAUUGUGAUUUGAAGACUCUGAUCUACACCUGACACCUAAAGAUCUCCACCUCAGGACAGAUGCUGCAGUGAUGAAUUGAAGCAAAGCCAACCAAAUAGGAUUUGAACUAUAGUCUAGUG